AUGGGCGCCUCUAAUACGGAGCAGAGAGAGACUUUAGAGCGGGGCAUGAAAUGGCGCUCUUCGAAAUGGUUCACCAUCUCCAUCAUCAUUAUUGCCUUAUUUAGUGAGACAUUUAUGUACGGAUUUAUUGUUCCUAUCUUGGGAUACAUGAUCAAAAAUCGUCUAAAUAUCAAUCCAUCUCGUACUCAGGAACUUACUUCCGCUGUUCUCGCCUUCCAUGGAGCCAUCUCUGUUGUCUCAGGACCCGUUAUUGGACAUUUUGCGGAUAAAAUAAAAAGCCACAAGAUGCCAAUCCUAUGCUCAAUGAUCGGGUGCAUCGCUGGCACUUUGAUGGUAGCCAGCGCGCAUUCUAUCGUUGUACUCUUUAUCGGCCGAUUUCUACAGGGCAUAGCCGAGUCUACAGUAUGGAUUGUCGGCUUAACAACAGUGACAGAAGUCGUCGAUGAAAAUCAAUUGGGUGCAGUGAUGGGCAUCAUGGCGUCCUUCAUAAACACGGGGAUGCUAACCGGGCCGAUAGCGUCGGGGUUCUUGUUAGAACAUACAGGGUACUGGCAAAUGUGGUCUAUACCACUUGCGGUCCUAACUCUGGACAUUAUCGCACGUCUAAUUAUGGUCGAUCCUCCACCUAAGCAAUCUUGCGAGCCUGAAGCUAUUGGAGAGGCUACAGGCCUGCUGUCUGAUCGGGAAGAUCCUUCGACAAUGCCCCUACGGAACUUCUGGAAGGUAAUGCUCUGUGAUGGCCGAGUGCUUACGCUCCUUCUAGUGGGCAUUACGAGUACAACUGUGAGCACAAGCUUUCACGCCACACUGCCUCUCCAUGUAAAAGAGACGUUUGAGUGGGGUCCUAGCAUGGCUGGACUGCUCUUUUCGUGUCUCAUAUUUCCGACGCUUUUUGUCGGUCCUCUUGCUGGCUGGGUCCGUGACGCUGUUGGGGCGAAAUUCCCUGCCGCCAUCUCGUUAGCUCUACAGGCAGGAUUCUUGGGGCUAGUUGGAGUUGCUGGAAAUAAGCACUUUCCGUGGGCUAGCAGACAAGAAGUUGGUCGGGCACUUUACAUCAUGUCUCUUCUUGCUAUUGGGGCAUUGAGGCCAUUCAUGUCGACCAUUGGACCAGCCGAGCUUUCCACUAUCGUCAAGGAGUAUCAAGCCAGAACUCCCGGCAUUUUUGGUCCUCAAGGUGGCCUUUCUCGCGUUUUUUCCAUGAUAGAAGUUUCCGCCUCACUCGGGAUGAUGAUCGGUCCGAUAAUUGGGGGUUUUCUCAAGGAAACAAUUGGGUAUACCUAUAUGAGUUGUGCUUUUGGCCUUCUUCAUAUCAUUCUAGCCGUCCUUGUAUUAAAUUAUUUGGAAUCUAAGCCUGCAGUUCAAGAUACCCCUGGUAAAGCAGCCCAGGAGGCGGAAAUGAACUCUUCAGGAUCUACAGAGGUGUGA